AGGACAGAUUGUCAUACGGAUGAUCCAACUGAAAAGGAAACAAAGGGGACAAAGCUCCGAGGGUCGCGAAAAAGGAAGAGUUCGUUGAUCUCCUCGCGCAUUACGCUUCAUGCUGUGAAGGCUUUUCACGCCCGCAAGACUAUCUCACCUCCCAGAAAUGAAUUCCACCCAGAACUUUACGCCGAUAGCUUCGUCAUUCACCGGGUACUGCGGUACUGGAUUGGAAUCCUUCUACAAUUGGUACUUACAGGUGCACGGAUGGGCAAGUCUGUUUGUGUGUAUAUUCGGCUCGAUCGCCAACGUCCUCAACAUUGUUGUACUGACGCGUCGCGAGAUGCAAUCGCCCACCAACAUGAUCCUCACAGGUCUUGCCGUGGCCGAUCUUUUCGUCAUGAUCGAAUACAUCCCCUAUGCGAUCCACAUGUACAUCUAUAAACGAUCCCGCAGAGAUAUGUUCAGCUACAGCUGGAGCGUCUUUGUAUUAUUUCACUCAAAUUUCGCCCAGGUGUGUCAUACGAUUUCGAUUUUCCUGACGGUGAUCUUAGCAGUCUGGAGAUACAUAGCAGUGGCGCAUCCGCAGCGUAAUCGCGAGUGGUGUAGCAACAAGCGCACCUUCCUCGUGAUCGCUUGCGUCUACAUAUGCUGCCCAAUACUCUGCAUACCGCUUUACAUCAACACCGAGAUGAGAUCGCAAGUGGAGAUGCUGGACGAGCAAGGGAAGAGCAUAAAUCUGACAAAGUUCCAACAGGCAUCCAACGAUACGAUCGUGUCUUUUGAGGGCGCGACCAACACCACGCUUUACUUUGUAAGGCUCACCGAGACCCCGAUAGGCAAUGUUCUCAAGGACGUUAACUUUUGGAUUUACAGCGUGGUUAUUAAGCUGAUACCCUGCCUGGCAUUAACAGUGCUGAGUAUCAAACUAUUCAAGGUGUUGUUGGAGGCGAAGCGGAGGCGGAAAAAACUUACUACGAAGAAUACAGCUAUCAAGAUGGGUAACGGUAAAGAGCACACCUGCGAGAAACCCAAGAAAAAAAGAAAAAGCACCGAUAAAGAAAGACAAACUGACAGGACUACGAAUAUGUUGCUGGUGGUGCUCAUGCUAUUUCUCUUCACAGAAAUGCCGCAAGGCAUUUUGGGACUGCUCAGCGUUACAUUGGGCCCGGGAUUCGUCAAUACGUGUUACGUCCAAUUAGGUGACGUGAUAGACAUCCUGACACUCAUAAACUCGGCCAUCAACUUUAUUCUAUAUUGCACUAUGAGCCGUCAAUUUCGCAUGACCUUUAAUCAGCUGUUCUGCAGCCGAUGGCGGCUGAUAGACAGAUGGAUGGCGGUGCCCCAUCAACCAAUGGAGAACAACGGACAUACGGGAACUAAUCACACGGUGACCCAGGUCACUCAGGUCUAGCGCCGAAGAAACCAACGGACCUUUUGCUAUCCGGUGUAAAGAGAGCUCGCUAAUUAGCUCCCUUUCAGACACGCGUAUUGCAAGUCCGCGAAUUGAAGGAGGAUGUUUCUUCCGCGAUUCGCUACAGUUACUCGUGCAAACAUAGCGCCAAAGCAAAGAGAGGUGAAAUUUAUUUGCUCGCUACUGCCACUGGUCCUAAUUGCAUCGUCAUUGCGCGAACUUCGCAACACCCGAGGCGCUUUUCGAGCAUCAGCUUCAUCCCAGACAUGCGACACACCAGAUGUGUAACAAAUAUUUACUUAAGUUGGUUGGCCACUGUGUUUUUCCAAUGUGUUUCUUUUCAAUUUUGUACAUUACUUAUUUAUAUUACAAUCAAUCAGCGGAUCAUCGCACGCGUCCGAUUAAUUAACGAUACGCACAAUAAUGUGUCAUAUUUAAAAACAGAUGUGAUAGGUAUGUGAAAGCGCCGACAAGA